UUUGUAGAAAAUGUUUCAAUAAACAAGGAAACAAAACAAAAACAAUGGGGCGUGAGGAACGUACUUUAAUAACCAAGAAACAACAUCGAGGUAGUACGUAAUGGUAGCCUAGCCUUAUACGAAACACAAACUCCAGACAAGCCAAACAUCUGUUAUUUUUUCCUCGCUCAACCACUAAGCAGAAAUUAGACCUAGAUCUAGUUUAAGUACAAGAAGGUCAAGUGUCUUCAUGAAGACUUACCAAAAAGAUUUACCAAAAACCUGCAGUGGCUGUCUGCCAUCAGUGGCCCGGGGUAGGGAGCAGACAUUAAAAGCAAUGAUCUAAAAAUCUGGAAGCCUAAUACUCUACAUGUAAAGCAAUACCCCCGGGGAAAGAUGCUGCCAGGCGGGUUCAAGAAAGACUCUCGAGUUUGGCUGCACAAAAAUGCUCACAUCUACCCGAAACAUAACGUGCCAAUGGGAAUCCAGCGCGUUGGGAGUGAUGACCCUUACGAGCAGUUCCACGAGGAUACGUUGUAUAAUCAGCCGUACCUGAUCACAGAUGAAAAUGGAAGGGUGUUCAAGAAAGACAGUCGCACGUGGUUACACAAGUCGUCUGCUAAGAAAGCCGCCAAAAAAGUCAACGAUCAACCAAUUCGCCUAAGCACACCCGGAGUAAAACUGUCAUGGCGUCAGAUUCGAACUAUUCCUGAUAUCAAGCUGUCCAAUGAAAUCAUGUGCGAAGGUCUGUUCAGGACACGGAGCAGUACAGAGAUGGUUCGAACACAGACAGGAGCCAACAAACUCAAGAAAAAGAAACGAACUGCCGGUAAUUACACUGACACUGUCUUCUCGCCUACGUUAGAUGCCCGAAGUGUUAAGGAAAUACCUGGCAAAGGUAGCUUCACAAAGCAAUCAGGUGCUUCCUUUCCUGACAUGGUGAUCUCAAGGCGAGGAAGUUGUGAAGUAGCAGCUUACACCUCAGACUAUUGCAUUGUGGGUAAGCCCAGUUCCCCAUCUCGCACGUUCCCGACAAGCAAUUCUGCUUCCGAAAUAGAAGACGAGGCAGACGACACUGCGGAAGGAUACCCGAGCAGGACCAACUCGGUAUAUGAGAAAAGAGACAUAACUACGGAUUACCCACUGUGCUGCGUCAGUGAUGGCGGCUGCACUGGAGUGAGUUCAAAGAACACUAGCCUAGAACUAAGUAAAGAUGGACUACAGGAACUCAUCAAAGUUGAGCAGCAUCGCCGUCGGUCUGAACGUUUGUCCAAGCGUGGUCUUGGUGAGUUGCCCCUUGAAGUUAGCCCACAAUCCAAUUCUUCAGACUCCAAUCUCGGACUGGAUGCUACCUAUUGCCUUUCGGAAGAAUAUGUGAGCGUCAAAGUGCCGUUUCAAGCUUCGGACAAGAACUCCGCCACACAUGACAGCACGCACGUGUGCACUUCAGACUUGGACACGCCCACGGAACCAAAAGCGAUCCACGGGGGAGUUCUGAGAUCUACUUAAUGAAUCAGAGGCGUUGGUAGUAAAAAAAAAUGCUGGGGUGGGUGGUGAUGAGUCCCCCAUGGAGAGGGGGCAAUUAAAACAUAUAAUUACUAAUUAGAACUUGUUAAUAUUUAAAGAAAGCCCACUAAAACAUAAAACAAAAGCCUAUUCAAAUCAAAUCAAAACCCACGGCCCGGCCAGUCACAGAAUUGCUGCCAGUGUACUUAGCUGUGGGCUCGUCCUACACAAAGGUGAACCCAGUCAGCUAUUCCAGAAACAAGUCCACUCUUGUGAUAUAAGUCGGACUUUGUUUUAAAUUAGCGCUAAGAUUAUGACCUACAUAAGUUAUGUAUUUAUAAUGUAUUGUAACGAUGAAAAUGUUAAGAAUAAAUAUGUGUGUUUGCAAGUGCGAAUGUGUGUUCUACAAUAGUGUUUUGAUUGUUUAAAUACGUGAGAUAAAUUACUUUGUAUAAAUCGUUUAUCGAUCUACACUGAAAUUAAAUGUGUAUUAUAGAUUAUAGAUAAGUUACAUCUUUCAAGCUGUAAGACCUAGAAUAAUAUAAUGGUUGGCAUUGAUACAUUUAGCCUAUCUUAAGAACUGUUAUAAUUUACAUUUAAUAAGCAUUGCUAUUGAAAUAUAUAGAUAGGCACUUAUAGAACUGGUACUAACAUUCAUUGGCGUGUGCUUUUUAAUAUUAAAUCUUUUUAAUAUUAAAUCUAAAUAUAAAACAUAUCAA